AAAACGGCGCACGGAACGAAAAAGCUUCACGACUUUCACGAGGGAAACACAACCAGAGCAAGAAAACAAAAACGAGCAGAGAGAGAGACAGCAUUCAUUCGAAAUCCCUCCGCCUCUCUUCUCCUCUCUCAUCUCGGCCGCCUCCUCAUCUCGCCAACCAUCGCCGCCGCAACAGGGCGGGAUCAGGGCGGCCGUGCCGGUCUCAUUCCGUCCCCUCUCCAGCCGAGGGUUCUUGACAUUGGCAGGGCGUGGGCAGAAUCCAAGCACUCCCUUUGUUCAAUUCAAAGGCACUGAGACACACAAGCGAAUGAAAAAUAACAUCACAUCCUCGUUCUCAAGACCAUAUAAUUCCAAGAUCCUGAUGAUGGCCACAGCUGGUUAUAUUGAUGAUUCCUGUUCUGAGGUUAUUGAUCCCCCAAAGACUGAGGUACUGGAUGUUACUGAACUCACUGGCGACCAUAUUCAGCAGCCACCAAAACCAAAUGUGGUGGUGUCUAGCAGUGUGCGUGAUCUUCUGGAAUGUCCAGUCUGCUUGAGUGCCAUGUAUCCUCCUAUUCAUCAGUGCUCUAAUGGUCAUACAUUGUGCUCAGGAUGCAAACCAAGGGUUCAUAAUCGCUGUCCAACUUGUAGGCAUGAACUGGGUAACAUAAGAUGCCUUGCUCUCGAGAAGGUGGCUGCAUCUCUUGAACUUCCAUGCAAGUACCAGAGCUUUGGGUGCUCAGGCAUAUAUCCUUACUACAGCAAGCUGAAGCAUGAGUCUCAGUGCCAAUAUAGGCCUUACAGCUGUCCAUAUGCUGGAUCUGAAUGCACAGUUGCUGGUGACAUUGCAUACUUGGUAAAUCACUUGAAAAAUGACCACAAAGUUGACAUGCACAAUGGCUGCACUUUCAACCAUCGCUAUGUCAAGCCAAACCCUCAUGAAGUCGAGAAUGCCACCUGGAUGCUUACGGUGUUCAGCUGCUUUGGCCAAUACUUCUGCCUACACUUUGAAGCCUUUCAGCUUGGCAUGGCACCUGUCUAUAUUGCCUUCCUGAGAUUCAUGGGAGAUGAUGCAGAAGCAAAGAACUACAGCUACAGCCUGGAGGUGGGAGGCACCGGGCGCAAGAUGAUCUGGCAAGGGGUGCCACGGAGCAUCAGAGAUAGCCACCGUAAGGUCCGUGACAGCUAUGACGGGCUGAUCAUCCAGCGGAACAUGGCUCUGUUUUUCUCAGGAGGGGACAGGAAGGAGCUCAAGCUGCGGGUCACUGGGAGAAUAUGGAAGGAGCAGUAGGAUAAUCAGGUAGCCCUCUUCGCGCUGUCCUGACCUCCUGAGGUCACGAAUCACAUUAGCAAGAGCUGUAGCCGCAUGCAGGAACCGACGUUUGGUAUUUUUUUUUAAGCCUGCUCUAGUUUGCUAUUGUCUUUUGGCUUCUGUAGCCUGGUGCCCUGGGAUGAUGUAGCACAUCUCAUGUAAACCAGGACGGUACUGAUGUAGAAUUGGUAGAGAUCUCUUCGAUUUGAACUGUCUAGGAGCUGCCAUUCUGUGGUAUAGGAGAAUCUAAUGGCAACUCAUGAGAUGCGUAUGAUAUGUGCUUGAGAAUUAAGUAUGGUCAAAUGCUAGAAAUGAUCCCUUCUGGA